AUGACGAAAUUUGUGACAAUGGAUCAAGCAAUGCUCGAGAAAACUAAAAAUGACAAGAUCCUCUCUCGUUUUGUGAAGAAGGGGGGAGACAUCAUUAAGCAGCUCGCCCAGACAAUUUUAUCCAACGCCGCGGAGUUGACAAAAAGGAAAGCUGAAAUCGCAAAAGCAUCCCCUAAAAAGACAGAGAGUGCGCUGAAUGAGGACGGAUUGGUGGUCAUGGAGCCGGAAAUCGUUAUCCGGAACCCGCUCCCUUCCACCACUGAUGCCAAGCGGCCCCGUGAGCUGGAGACGGAUGGCUCGCCAUCCACGAAACGUUCUGUAACCACUUCCAACGGCAAACCUGCUGUGAAACCUACAACUGUGGCUGUCACGAAACGAACCACGACCACUGCUCCGGAUGCCAAAAGCACAGCAGCCGCUGGAAAUGCAGCAGCAGCCAAGCCGAAGCCUAAUAUGGUGAUCCCCAAACCGACCCCAAGCCUCUUUAGCAGCUUGAUGUCUGCUUCGAAAAAGCCUGGAACUUCAAAUGCGGCGCGUGCAGCAGCAGCCGCCAAAGAAAGGGCAAAUCCUCCGGAACAGAAACCCGCCCCACCCCCAGCUGUUGUUCAGAAACCUGCUUUCUCAUUCUCAGAGACGAUGGCUGAUUUAAGCAAGCCAAAGGAAUUGGUCCCCAGUAAGCCAGCGGAAGAUCUUCCUCCAGAAACAGAGGAAGAGCGCAAAAAACGUAUUCGAAAGGAAGAACGUCGUAAGCUGCGUGUCAGCUGGAAGCCAGAUGAUUCUUUGACUGAAAUACGUCUGUUCACCCAUGAUCCUGAGGAGGAUAUUGGCCAUGAUGACAGCAUGAUACGGGAUGUUGCUGAUGUAGGAGGCGAGGGAAGAACCCUUAAGCUUCAUCGAGGGAUGGAUGAUUUGGAUGACGAGGAUGAGGACGAUGAUCCCGAGGCUAGAACAAAAACCUUCCAUCCUUACACUUCACCAACUGAAAUUGAUUUCUCAGAGCUUGAUUUUGAGGAGCGCCAGCGGAAUUUCAUCAAGAGAGGCGGUAUUCAGAAACCUGAGAGUGCCGAAAAGCUGGCCCAGGAGCAACGUGAAUCGAAAACACUAAGUGUCUUCUAUACAUCGCUAGCUGAUAUCCCGUCUUCUCCUAAGGAGCCACCUGCCCCUGAUGCGGAUGAAUCGUAUGAUCCGGAAGUUCCAUUUGGCGAACCAGGGGAUCAGACAAAGGCGCGCUCCGCGAAAUAUUUUGCGGCCAGAGCACCAAUCCAACCACCACCACAACCUCAAUCUGCCCAGACCCCUCAAAACUCCAGCACUGUCGACAUUUCCUCUCUACUCAAACUCAUCCAGCAAGCUCCUCAGUCGGGACAACCUCAACCAUCCCAACCGCCAAUCCCUAUACCCGACCUAGAGAAAACCUAUGGUCAAUUCGUUGGAAACCAGGGUCAGCCCACUCCCACCUCAAUACCGCAAGUACCCCAAAUUCCGCAAGCUACUCAACCUGCCACGUUGCCAGGGGCCCUCGACAUCCAGGCACUGCUUGCGGUUAUGAAUGCGCAAACACAGCUACAACAAGGAGCUCCUGCAUUCCCUCCCCCUCAGGGCCCAGCAGCUUCUUCGUCUCAGGCCCCGAAUCUCGCCUCGAUCCUUUCGCAGUUUCAAAUCCCAGUGGUGACAGGGCAGACACAGACACAGCCACCGCAGCAGCAGCAACAGCAACAGCCACCCUCCCAGCCUCUUGCGUAUAAUCAGAACCAAUCUAAGCAGCAUGGGUCCUUUUAUGAGGAUGCCGAUCGGAAGAGGAUGCGCGAAGGCCACGGACAUAAAAAGCAUGGCGGAUAUGACAAUAAUGAUGAGGUAAGCCACGGUCAUGGCCAUGGCCACGGACAUGGCAAUAAGCGGGCUAGAACGAAUGGAGAAUUCAAGCAUAAGAAACAUCCCAAGGCAGGCCUCGUCCCCUGCAGAUACUGGAAGGAGGACAAAUGCCUGAAAGGCGAUGACUGUACAUUUCGCCACGAUCCUCUUGAUUGA